CCAAACAAAAUGGCACACUGCGUAUCUCAUCGUUUAGAUCGAUUUGUACUCUUUCCGUGUGUGUUUUCUCUUUUCCACAGGGAAUAGUCGAUGUUUUGACCAACUAAAAAAAUACUGUAAUCAUUAAGUUGAACUUGUAUCGCCGUUAGUAAUUAGAUCGUGAGGAUGCAGAGCGCGGAGGACGUGGUGAGCCUGCUGCUGAAGGCCGAGCAGGGCGCCAAGCCCCACGAGGAGCUGCGCGGGCAUUUCGCGGAGUUUGUCCAGCAGCUGCGCAAGUUCCCCGUCAACGAGCUGAACAACGCCAUGCAGCGCGUGGAUGCGCGCCACCACCCGUCGCCCGUGGCCGUUGUCCUGGCGGCCAAAACGGGGCUGGGGCAGGCCAGCGUCGACAGUCUCCUGCUGCAGAUCCGCCACCUCCUCGAGCAGCACCUGACGGCCCAGGGGAAGCUGGCGCCUGCCCUGGACAGCCACGUCGUCUGUCUGCUGAUGAAGCAGCUGGCCGAGCGUCUGCUGCGCGACAACGCCGCCUACGCGGGUCUCGAUCUCUUCCUGGCGGUCAUCAAGCUCAUCCAGGACAAUCCCCACCAACUCACCGAAAUCCAUCCGCUCUUUCUCCAGUUGUCCCUGGCCAGUAACAGUGUGAAGAGCGCCCUGGAGCUGCUGGAAACGGAGAUCAACGAUAUUUCCUCGCAGAAAAUGUCUGACGUGCAGUCGUGCGUGGCGUACUUCUACAGCGCCGCGCAGAUCCUGUCGGCCAACAACUUCUUCAUCUCCGCCCUGCGCAACAUCCAGACGAUCUUCUACAUGCCGGGCGCCGCGACGGCCAUGCACGCCACCGUCACCGAGGCCUACAAGAAGUACCUGCUGCUCGUCCUCCUCGCCAAGUACCGGGGGACGGGUCUGCCCAAGACGGUGGCUAACUACAUGGAGAACCAUACCAAGAAAGCGGUGGCUGCGUAUCAGGCGCUGCACGACGCCUUCCUGGCCGACACCUUCGAUCCCGUCGCGCUGCAGAAUAUCGCCCACCAACAUGCGGCGGUUUUCAACCAGGACGGGAACAUGGGUUUGGUGCAGCAGUGCUUGAAGCGCUACCGCGUCAAGGAGUUGAUCAAGCAUGCCGGGGUGUUCGAGAACAUGGAGCUGCAGGUGCUGAUGCACAAACUGCAGAUCACGCAGCCGGAGCUGCUGGAAUCCUUCCUCCUGGACAUGUAUACCUACAGCGAUUUCCUGGGCCGCAUCGACAUGGGCCGGAAGAUCGUGGUGUUCCGCAAGAAGGCCCUGGUCAUGCUGCCGGAACAGGCCUUUGAGUCGCUGCAGACUUCGUUGUCGCAUGUGCAGAGCGUGAUGGACGCCGCGUCCAGCGUGGAGAAGGACAUUAUCCUCAACACCGACUACCUGCGCAAGAUGGUGCAGGGUGAGCCGGGGAUGCGCGACGAGUGGGGCAGCAUGUUCGGGAUGGAGAUGGGCAUGGGCAUGGGCUCCCUGGGCAUGGGGAUGGGCCCGAUGGGCAUGGGAUCCUAUGGCAUGGGCCUGGGCCCCUACGCCUCCUCGGGCAACGGCUACGGCUUCCCCUCGCCGCCCUCCACGCGCUCCGGCCGCCGAUCGCCGUGAAAGAGGCACUGUGAGCAAAUUAAAAGGACGGCGCCUGCUUCUGCGCACACGCUCCUCUUGUGAUUCUCCACAUCUCCGCAUCGUACAGCUGACAGUACUGCGACGGCGACACAGUAUCGCCGCUUCACCUCUUUCUACUCGUUUCCUUGACACCUGUUUCUUACUUUGGAUGUUUUCGGCAGUCAUUGGUGUUCUUUCGGUUUUCACCCGCUGUUUCUAUGCUUUAUCGACGCCUCUGUAGUGAACAUGUUUUUUUGUCUUUUAUUCGUCCGAUAGAUAGAUAACUGAUGUGUUUAUUUAAAGUCAGUGCUAAAACUAAGAAAAACUGGACUAUCUGUACAUAUUCGUAGCAUACAGUACGGACAAAAUAAUAAUGCCGGUUAAAAUUUAUCGUUAA